AUGAGUCACUGCAGCAGCCGCGCCCUGACCCUGCUGAGCAGCGUGUUCGGUGCGUGCGGCCUGCUGCUCGUGGGCAUCGCCGUCAGCACGGACUACUGGCUGUACAUGGAGGAGGGGACCGUGCUGCCGCAGAACCAGACCACGGAGGUCAAGAUGGCACUGCACGCUGGCCUGUGGCGAGUCUGCUUCUUUGCAGGCCGGGAAAAGGGUCGCUGCGUGGCCUCAGAAUAUUUCCUUGAACCAGAGAUCAACUUGGUGACGGAAAACACGGAGAAUAUUCUGAAGACAGUGCGCACAGCCACCCCCUUCCCCAUGGUGAGCCUCUUCCUCGUGUUCACCGCCUUUGUCAUCAGCAACAUUGGCCACAUCCGCCCGCAGAGGACCAUUCUGGCCUUCGUUUCCGGCAUCUUCUUCAUCCUCUCAGGCCUCUCCUUGGUGGUGGGCUUGGUUCUUUACAUUUCCAGCAUCAACGACGAGGUCAUGAACAGGCCCAGCAGCUCGGAACAGUAUUUCCACUAUCGCUACGGGUGGUCUUUUGCCUUCGCAGCGUCCUCCUUCCUACUCAAAGAGGGAGCCGGCGUGAUGUCCGUGUACUUGUUCACCAAGCGCUACGCGGAGGAGGAGAUGUACCGCCCGCACCCGGCCUUCUACCGCCCGCGUCUCAGCGACUGCUCCGACUACUCGGGCCAGUUUCUGCAGCCCGAGGCGUGGCGCCGCGGCCGCAGCCCCUCGGACAUCUCCAGCGAUGUGUCCAUACAGAUGACGCAGAACUACCCUCCCGCCAUCAAGUACCCCGACCACCUCCACAUCUCCACCUCGCCCUGCUGAGGCCCCGCCCCCGGAGCGCCCUGCCUCCUCCUCCUCCUCCUCCUCCUCCUCCUCCUCCUCCUCGCGGGUCUCGUCGCGACCGCGCGGCUCCAGCGCAAGUCCUAGGGACGCCUAGUCCCGCGGGGAGGAAAUUGCGCGCGCGUUAGCCCAGCCUCGCCGCCGUGGCCCCGCCCUCUCCCUGGUGCCCCGCCCAGCCGCCAUAGCCCCGCCCUCUUUCCUGACCGCUCCUCUUCAUUGGUCCCUUCCACUUCCAGAUGACUCCUCCCCCUGGAAGACACGCCCCUUUCAUCAGGCCCCGCCCCCCCCGCCGAAAGGCUCCCAGGUUUCCCGGUUCUUUGCGCCCAGCGGCCGAGCGCGCCCACCUCCGUGCAAACCGCCCCAGUUACCUUUCGCCUCGGCCGGGGGCUCUGGGCUGGAGAGUAGGUUCUGGCAGCCGCCAGGAAUGCCAAACAUCCUCUUCUCCUCUCUGCCCCGGCUAGCCUCUUUCUCGGCCCAGUCUCACCUCCAGACCUUCGUGGUCCUCGCGUACAGCGAGUGAAGCGGGGAAGGCCCUUCUUGCUCCACCCCACACCCCCACCCCAUCUCUAGGGUGGGGUGGGGGCCCGGAGGCCCCGGCUAUGGUUAAUCUGGCCUCACCCGCCCCCCACUGCACACCCGGGAGAGCCCGUUCUGUCUCACCUGCUGGACACGUCUCGGCCUUCUGAAGGCUACCUGUCUUUUCAAGGGCGCUCUUUAACGGAUUUUCUCGCUCUCAGCUGACCUUGGCUUCUUUUUUCUUCCUCUUC